AUGUCUCCAUUAAUCCCAGCACCACUUCAACCCGAGCUGCAUGAUCACGCUGGCCUACCGCCUCAGCAAAUUCAACAGUACCCCAUCGCUUCACCCCCGCCGCGAUGGGAGCCCAAAUCCAUACCAGACCCCAUCCCGGACCCCAAACCAGCUUUUGCUGCACCGGUACCCUGGUUGUCGGUGCCUGAAGUUUCCUUCCCCGCCAGAGUUGAUAGCCGGAGGAGGAGGAACCCAAUGCGGGACUCCGUCGAGUUUCCUAAAAAGGAUGGGCGAUGGAUAAUCGGGCCGCGAAAGGGAGAGGUUGAGCCCUUGGAGGAGGUCAAGCCCACAGACUUUGCAACUCAACUCAUCUCUGAGCCUCUGACCCCAACGACCUCCGUUCCUCAAUCGGAUGCAAAUUCAACACAGCCUACGACUCCUUCAUCUGCGGCGAAGUCAAAUGCCCAGCAUAAAACUCCAAAGCCUGCCAUUCCCGUCGUUCCAGUAGUGCCGAAUGUCCCAGGUACCCCGCGUCGACAGACUAAAGACAGCCCCAGCGCUACCGCAGAGACCCCUAAAUCCAAUGCAGCGAUUGACUCAGAUACCAGUGUGGAGUCCACAGCUGUCAAUGAAGUUUCAUCCAAGCCAUCCUCGCCCGCCCGUGCCGCUGCUCCUAAGUCAUGGGCGGAGCUUCUUCGGUCGCAACAAGCCGCUAAGUCGGCCAGCGCCGCAGCUUCAGCCCAGCUGAGCAAUGCGAUCACACAGAAGAGUGAAACUCUGGCAGAUAUCUUGACCAGCCUUGGUGAAGAUGUCACCAAAUACAGUGAUAAGAUUGCUUUCCUCGAGCCUCGAGGACUGGUGAACACCGGCAAUAUGUGCUACAUGAAUUCAGUACUGCAGAUCCUGGUCUCCUGCGUGCCUUUCCAUCAGUUUCUUGACUAUGUUGGUCGCAGAUCCGCGCACAGCUUCCAAAGUGAUGUACCAUUGAUUGAUGCUCUCAUCAUGUUCAUGCGAGAGUUCCGUGUCAUCGACGCCGCCACUUCAGAAGAGCAGCUGAAGAUGCGAUUGAAGCCCAAUGAGCUAGAGAAGUACGGUGAUGCUUUUGUUCCCGAGUUCGUGUAUGAGAUGAUCCGGCAGUUGCCUCGCUUUAGAGAUAUGCGGCGCGGCCAUCAGCAAGAUGCUCAGGAGUUUUUGGGCUUCCUCCUUGAAGAGCUCCAUGAAGAAUGUGAUCGUGCUGCCCAACAUGCUCGAAGGGCCGAAGAAGCGCAGCUUGCCGAAGGUGCUGUAGAUGGCGCGUCCGGUGAUGGGUGGCUGGAGGUUGGCCAUAAGCAGAAGGCGGCCAUGACCCAGUCAUCUGGGGCUCACGCAACUGAAUCACCUGUUACAAGAAUAUUUGGAGGCAAGCUACGAUCCGAGUUCAAGGUGCCGGGUAACAAGACCUCAGUUACUAUGGAGCCUUAUCAGCCCCUGCAACUCGACAUUGGGUCCCCUGAAGUCCACAACAUCAUCGAUGCUCUGAAGGGACUGACCAAGCCUGAGAGCAUCCAGGGUGAUUUCAACUCGUCCCGUGGACCCAAUGUCACCGCGACUAAACAGAUCUUCAUUGAGACCAUGCCCCCGGUGCUUAUCCUUCAUCUCAAGCGUUUCCAGUAUGAUAGUCUGACUGGAGCCACCCAAAAGAUUUGGAAGAAGGUUGGCUACCCACUUGACUUGGAGAUCCCCCGGGAGGUUUUCCCUGCCCACCGGCGCAAUGCUUUAACCGCUUCUGGUGGUCUUCCUCAGUACCGUCUUAUGGGUGUCAUCUAUCACCACGGAAUGAAUGCUAGCGGCGGUCACUACACUGUCGAUGUGAGACGGCAAGACGGCCGUGAGUGGAUCCGAAUGGAUGAUACAGUUAUCCGCCGCAUUCGCAGCGAAGAUGUGGCCGAAGCUGGCGGUGAGGAGGACCCCAAAGUGCUUGCAGCCGCCUUCGAACAACAUAAAAAUGACAAGGUUCCUCGUGGAAAUAUUUUCGAUCACAUUGACCAGGAUGACCUAGAUUCGGCGGACAGCGACAAAGGCUGGAGCCAAGUCAAUGGUAGUGGAUCUAGCAGUCACGCAAGCAAGAAGUCUGUCAACGGCACUACCGCCUCUCCUGCUACCUCCUCGGGCGUCAGAACUCCCCUGGGUAGAUAUGGUUCCCGCGACAAUCGUGUCGCCUACCUGUUGUUUUACCAGCGAAUGGCUUGA